CAGCAAAGAAGAAAGAACAAACAUGGCGGGGGCUUUGAACGAAGCGGGCUUAGCGCGUCAGGUCUUCUCUGCUCUGCAGGCUGCGGCCUGUCCGUAUUUGGAGCGUCUAAAUCUUCAAGAAUCAGUUAGCAUGCUCGAGCUGCUCUGCUCUCCGUCUGAGCUGCGCACUGCUAUUCUGACAUGGCUCUGCAGCAGCAUCCACCCGAAGAUCGACGCGUCAGGAAAGGACCAACAGACAGUGAUGGAAGAGAUGGCGGCUCUUGGCCACGAGCUUCUCCUCUGCAAAGAAAACGACAUGGCGCUUAUCAGAGGUGACUCGAGUCCUCGUCAGCAGCUUCUCUUCCUGCAGCAGCUGGCCAGCCUGGUUCUGGACAGAUCGGACCCAGAUGAGUGCAGCGUGUCCGCAGACCUGCUCAUGAAUGAGCUGUUCAGUGCAGAGAACCAUCCUCGCCUCUCUCAAGUGCUGGAGCCCACGCUUGACCCUCGCUCUGAAGAUGCAAAGUCCUCACACAAGUCCAACAAACUGUCAAGCAGCCGAACAAGUGCAAAUGAGGAUGUGUCUGACCUGCUUCAGUCCACUCGCUCAGCUCUGGAGCAACUCAAAUCAGAGUGCGAGUUCCUGAGCAGUGACCACCACAGUCCGCCGGUCUUCUCUCCGAGUGCGCUGCACGUGGCAGCAGAUGACCUCCAGCAGCUGAUGACCACCUUCUCUCACGUCUAUGAGACGGAGCUGGCCACUUGUUGCAAAAGAGACCCCCCUAAGUUUGACGCAGAGAUGAAGGUCUUUCCCAGGGUCCACCAACUACUGCAAGCCUGCCUGAUGGAUCUGGAAAUGCUCAGCCAAUUAUCAGAAACAUCAGAGUCCAUCACAGAAGACAUAAAGCAGCUACCUGGUCCCGCGUCACGAGGAGAGGAGCGGACCUUGUCUGAACAACUGUUGGAACUCUCCAAGCGAUACACAAAAUUUGUGUCCCAGCUCGAUUCCUGAGCUGGGCUGCCAGGUUUCUCUCCAAUAAAUAGGUUCUAUAGUCAC